AUGAAAACAAUAGCAAUUGCUGAAGUAUCAAAUGGUUUAACAUUAUUUCCUGAUAGUGUUAGAAAAGAAAAACGAAAUAAACGUGCUAAACGCGAUGACAUAUCAGUUCAUGACGUUUUGAAAGAAUUUGUGUCGAAUUCUACAGAUGAUGAAGAUGAUAAUAAAGAUUAUGAUGAAGUGGCAGAGUAUAUGAAAUUCAAGGUCAAUUAUCCUGAAGGUGAAGCUUCAUCAGCUGCAAGUGAGCGCGUAUUUAGUGGAACUGGUCGUAUUCUAGAAGCACGACGACAACAACUACAUCCUGAGUCACUCGAUUCACUUGGUUUUUUUACGUAA